AAACUGUCAAAACAUAACCUAAAACAAUUUCUCUUAAAUUUUUUUUCAAAAAGAAAUUUCUUCUUGAACAAUUCCGAAAUGUCGGAUAACGAAGAUUACAUGUCGGAUAAAUUCCUUGAAGAAUGCACCAAAUCUGAUGUUAGACCGGGGUUACUUUUCAAACAAUCCCAAAAAAGAUCUCUCGACCAACACAAAAAAAGCUUAAACGCUAAGAAACCUAAAUCGUACAAAGAACAGGAGAAGGAAACCAGAGAAAUCGGUUUAAAUACAGCACUCCCAUCGAGUAACGUAGGUUUUAAAUUAUUACAAAAAAUGGGUUUUAAAGAAGGUGAAAGUUUAGGUAAAAGUAGUACAGGGAUUAAAGAACCAGUACCGAUCAUUGUAACAGAAUCUUCUUCUGGUGUCGGUAGAGAAAAAGAAAACAAAGAUGUUUUAGCAAAAAAGGAAGAAUUAAAAGAAAAAAAUUUGGAGCAAAAAGAGCAAGAAUUCAAGCAAGCAAUUUCCGAGAGGAAUAUGAUGUAUAUAUUAAGCAGAGAUUAUUAUAAAGCACAGAGGGCUUGCGAAGAAUUAGAUUCAAAAAAUGAUAUUUUAACACCAAUUAAGGAACAUUUUUGGCCUUUAUUAACCAUUAAAAAACUGAAAGAAGCUGAAAAUAAUAAAGAUAAUGAUGAAAAUGAUAACGAGGAUGACAAUGAUGAAGAAGAAGAAGAAGAAGAUGAACCUCCGGAAGAAAUUACAAAUGAGAAACUAAAUGAAAUUAUAGAUUAUUUAAGAAAUAAUUAUUUAUAUUGUUUAUAUUGCGGGUUUUGUGGCGAUGACGUCGAAGAAUUAAAUCGAAUUUGUCCUGGACCUUAUAGAAUAGAUCAUGAUGAUGAAUUAUAAGUAAAUAAAAUAAUUAAAAAUUG